CAACAUUCAUCGUGCACUUAUUUUACAGGCUGACAUCUUAGAACUGAAUGUAAUCGCUCUUUCUUAUCCUUCACUCAAGCCUUUAGUCGCCUUGCAUCAAAGGACAAGCCCUUCAACUAGACUGGUUGAUCUUUACUUCUCAUCCUGCCGACGUUAAUUCAACUUGUCACUCCCGCUUCAAUUUUCUUCUCUUUUCUGAUCUCCCAUUGCAUUGAGUCCCUUGCUGUCUUCAUCCCAUGGUCUCUUCCUUCAGACGCGAGUCCAAUUUCACGAUUUGACGAUUUGACGAUCUCCAUUGACUGCACGCACCCCUGCCUCAAACUUGCUAUUGACGCCCACUUGGACCGCAAAAAUGGCUACCACACCAAAGAGUCGUCUUAAUCAGUUGUUCGCUGGGAAAUCUCUUCCAAGUCCUCCGAAACCCGGUGAAGUCCACUUCUCCGUGAAAGAGCUUGAGCAGAGAGCAGCCAAAGAUCAACAGCAAACCUGGAAGAUCCCCUCCACUGCAGAGUACCCGCGGAAGAUCAUACCGCCGCCAAAACCUACCGCGAGUGCUGAUGUCUUGAGCAGCUCUGAAGACGAGGACGACUAUGUUGCGGCUUUCAGACCAAAACCGUCAAUGAUUUCACCUAGCAAGCAGCCCAGAAAAUCAAAGGGGAACCCCAAAGAUGCUCACAUUGAGCCUAAUCGUGCAAUUGAAUACAUUCCUCAGGGCAAGGUCUCGUCCAAAAGCGCGAAGGAGCAUGCGGUUUCAGAGCCUUCCAAUGACAAUGAAGGACUCCCAACGUCUAACGCACAGGGAGUACCCGUCACUGGUCACUUCUGUCAAUUCUUUCUGGCAGCAAAGUUCCCCUACAAGUACAUGAAUGACGGCAAUGACAGAGUCUCGAAAUGCUUCUUCGCUGACAAUAAGUUCUACAAUCGAACUUGGGACAUCUACUACCUCCAUCCACCUUCCACGUUGAGCUCCAAAUCUAUUGUCCUUGUUCCGCAUUCACAAGUCCAACACCUUGUCAACGAAAUUGGCAAGACGUUCAAGGUGCCGGUCUUUGUGCCAGAAUUUCCGUUCACCCUCACGUUUUUCGACGAUGGCACUCCCCAGCCUCAGCAUCUAGGCACCUCGAACUCAAGAGACGAAUUUAAUACUCUGCAUAACUCUAUCCCUCCAGUUGGAGAGAAUCAUGGUGAGCGCCCUGCAAAUGCGCCACGCACGACCAAACAAGAUUUCGCCGCCUUCAGAGAAAAGUGCCAAGAUGCUCUUGCAGCUAGCAAGAAGAAAGGUGGUGCUACGGCUGGUAAGAAGAAGAAAGAGGACGACCGGCUGCUGGCUGUGCGGGACUGGAACUCGCAACUCAGAAGAACCCAACGAUACCUCGGCCUGCGUCGCAAAUCAGUCAGACUCCAACCAGAUGCUGAGCUCUCGUGGGCCGAAGAGCAAGAAAUCCGCAAGAAAGCCAUCAUGGAACCGCUAAAUAUCCACAGCCCCGCACCACAUCCGUUCGAGAAGGAGCCGGUUAUCAUCUCGAUCGACGUCGAGUCAUACGAGAGAGCUCACAAUCUCAUCACCGAGGUCGGAAUCAGCACCCUUGACACUCUCGACUUGGCGGGCAUCGCUCCCGGCCAGAAUGGCAAAAAUUGGAUCAAUCAAAUCCGAUCACGUCACUUCAGAAUCAAAGGUCGCCAGCACCUGGUCAAUAAGGACUUCUGUGUCGGCAAUCCAGAUGCUUUCCAAUUUGGUUGCUCUGAAUGGGUCGAUCUCAACGAAGCUCCAGCGGUGGUUGACAGUUGUUUUGAAUGGCCCUUCUCCGUACAAUACAAGCAUGCAGGUCUGGAGGAUCCUUGGGAUCGUGAGCCUGCCACCCACAACAGUGCUUCGGAUGCAAGUACGGGCACUAUGAACCCUCAACAAGAUGGUAUAAACAGAGCAGCGAUUUCCAGCGUGUUGGAUGGGCUCGGAAACUCUGAUGCUAUUACUCAAGCCAUUCGUAAAGCAGAGGCCGCCCGAGAUCCCAAAGUCCUCCAACGUGGUUCCAAAGAGCGAAACAUCAUCCUUGUAGGGCAUGAUAUACGCAGUGAUCUCGAAUACCUUCGCACCUUGGGCAGCAAAAUCUUCAAACCAUCCCGUGGUGCAUAUCCUGUAGCAGCGAUGGAGGCAGUCGACAACGGAGAUGGUGUUGCCAAGAUACUAGGUUCUGUUCUCGAAGCUCUUGACACUGCUCCAUUGUACAAAGCUUUCAAGGAGGAAUCUCAGCACCGCAACCUUGCGUCGAUUGCGACAGAUUUGGGUCUACAGUGCUACUUCAUGCACAAUGGUGGCAAUGAUGCUCGGUAUACCCUGGAAACAUUGAUUGCAAUGGUUGUCAGGGCUAGAUUGAAGGAGGGUGAAAAGGAAGCGGGAGACGGGGCCAACGGCGAAGCAAAGAGAAGCUUCAAAGGCGGCUUUGACGGACCCAGUGAUGCUGGAGCAGCAGCUAAGGCGAGUUCUGAGGCAGAUGGGCUUAUUGCUUCCACUGAGCGUUUGGGAAUGGAUUCAUCGAUUAAGGACGAUGACGAGGAGUGGGAGCUGUAAGUAAGCUGGAGAUUCGUGGCUGACAAGCACGGACGAAGGGUAGGGAAGGGACACCAAUUGGAUCAGCCCGAGAAGUCAUUGUCUGACGAUUCUCUGCCUGGGUGAGCUACAAGCUUCGAGAUUCUCGGACACGCGGACGCUGCUC